CCCUAAGAGAAUACCAAUAUCGCGGAGAAAACACCACAUCUGAACCACACCCAGCGAACCUAUCUUCGGUCUCACUUCUCAUUUUUUACCAGAAAACAAAAGAGGCGAAAAUAGAAGAACGAAAUCGACCGUUCUCAUAUCACCGACGAACUCGCAUUUCGGCGACCCAAACCCAUGGUUGUCCAGUAACUCCUCCGACGAGCCUAUUACAACCACAAAACCAUGUCACGCCAAAUAAAUCAACCAUCCAACCAGAUUAAGCUGACCAAUAUAUCGUUGGUCAGGCUGAAGAAAGGGAAGAAGAGGUUCGAGAUCGCAUGCUACAAGAACAAAGUGCUGGAAUACCGAUCCGGAAUCGAAACAGACCUGGACAAUGUGCUGCAGAUCCCGCAGGUAUUCCUGAACGUUUCGAAGGGGCAGACUGCGCCCAAGGAAGAUCUGGAGAAGGCGUUCGGCAAGGGCAAAUCGACAGACGAGAUCGUGCUGGAGAUCCUCAAACGCGGGGACAUCCAGGUCGGGGAGAAAGAGCGAGCAGCGCAGCAUGAGCGCGUGCAAAACGAGGUGGUGAGCAUAGUGGCCUCGCGACUGGUCGAUCCGCGCACCAAACGAGUCUACACGCGCGGCAUGAUCGAGAAGGCGCUCGACAUGCUCAGCUCGGCCGCUCAUUCGGAUAACGCCGGCAAGUCGACUUCGGCGAGCGGCACGGGCACGGGCACGGGCACGAGCACGGGCACGCCUACGACGGUGGGGGAAGGGGACGAAGGAAGCGCGAAUGUGAAGAGGAAGGAACACGUGUGGACGGGCGUGUCUACUACCAAGUCGGCCAAGAGUCAGGCGCUGGAGGCUAUGAAGGCGCUCAUCGCGGCACAGCCCAUCCCCGUGCAGCGCGCGCGGAUGAAGCUCCGGGUGAGUUGUGCUACGAACGUCCUCAAACAGGCCGUCAAGCCCUCGGCGGGUGGAGCCAAGGAGGACGGGACGGAAGAAAAGGCCGGGACGGUCAAGGACCGGAUCUUGGGGUAUUUCGAACAGGUGGAGAGCCAGGAUGUCGUGGGUUCCGAUUGGGAGGUUGUCGGGUUUGUGGAACCUGGCGCUUACAAGGGUCUUGGCGACUUUAUCGGCAACGAGACGAAGGGGAGGGGAAGAAUCGAGGUGCUGGAUAUGGCAGUCACUCAUGAGGACUGAUCGUGUCAUUUUGUUGGUACGACAGAGCUGUGGGGAGAAGGCCAGGGCAGAUAUAUCCGGCUUUUCUUCAUUUUUAGCCGAAUCUUGGGCAUGAACCACAAUGGAGUGUUGUUUAGCAUCACCGUUUCAUUGCAGGCAGAGCAUAAUUUCUCUUUAUUUAGCCACUUUCAAUACAUUGUCAUUAUUCCCUUCCU